GCAGAUGCCGUUUUUUGAUUGAUAUAUAAGGCUGUGGCAGUACAAAGGAAACAUCUCAAGUAGUUUUUCUGGAGUCGCAGUGACAGUGGUAUUUGAAAUAUGGCAGAGGUCAUUGAUUGUAAUUUUCCUGUAUGGGGCCUUUUACCUAAAAAAGAAACUGGUGUCACUCAAUUUCUUACCAAAUAUCCUGAAUAUGACGGCCGGGGAGUCAUUAUUGCAAUUUUUGAUUCAGGGAUUGAUCCUGGGGCUCCUGGUAUGCAGAUGACUUCGGAUGGAAAACCAAAAAUUAUUGAAAGGUAUGACUGUAGUGGAGCUGGAGAUGUGGAUACAAGCAAAGUUGUGCAAGCACCUGAUGGGUAUAUAAGUGGUAUCAGCGGUAGAAAAUUAAAGGUUCCUUCAAGUUGGGUAAAUCCCACUGGAGAAUAUCACAUUGGUGUAAAAAAUCUGUAUUCAUUAUAUCCAGGCAAAUUAAGAGAAAGGGUAUUACAAGAACGAAAAAAACGUUUAUGGGACAGUCACCACAAAUCUGCACUUGCAGAAGCAUCUAGACAACUACAAGAAUUUGAAGCAAAGAAUCCACAAUUAACAUCUUUAAAAGAUAGAUUACAAAAGGAGGAACUUGAGGCAAGAGUUGAUAUAUUAAAUAAUAUUGAAAAAAAAUAUUCUGAUGUAGGACCUACUUAUGACUGUGUUGUCUUUCAUGAUGGUCAAGUUUGGAGAGCAUGCAUUGACACCUCUGAAGAAGGUAACCUGGAAGCUGGGGUACUUCUAGGGGAAUAUUCUGUAACAAGGGAAUUUGCACCUCUUAUACAGGAAGAUCAAUUAAAUAUUAGUAUCAAUGUUCAUGAUGAAGGAAAUACCUUAGAAAUUGUUAGUUUAUGUUCAAGUCAUGGUACACAUGUAGCUUCGAUAGCCGCCGCAUACUUUCCCGAUAAUCCUGAAUUAAACGGUGUAGCUCCUGGUGCUCAAAUUAUUUCAUUAGGCGUUGGAGAUAGCCGCAUUGGUACAAUGGAAACGGGAACCGCGGUUGUACGAGCAAUGAUACACGUAAUGAAACACAAAGAAAAGAUACACGUGAUAAAUAUGAGUUAUGGAGAACAUGCUCAUUGGUCAAACUCAGGAAGAAUAGGAGAAUUGAUGAAUGAAGUUAUUGACAAGUAUGGUGUAACAUGGGUAGCAUCUGCUGGUAAUCUCGGACCGGCUUUGUGCACUAUUGGGACACCUCCAGAUAUUAGUUCCAACAGUGUCAUUAGCGUUGGUGCCUAUGUUUCUCCUGAUAUGAUGGUAGCUGAAUAUUCUUUACGAGAAAAAAUGCCGGGUAUGUCAUACACUUGGUCAUCCCGUGGUCCAAUGAUUGAUGGAGGAGCUGGAAUUACUGUAUGUGCGCCUGGUGGCGCGAUCACUAGUGUUCCCAAUUUUACACUAAGAAAAAGUCAGCUUAUGAAUGGUACAAGUAUGGCUGCGCCACAUGUAACUGGAGCUAUUGCUGUGCUUAUAUCGGGACUUCUUGCUAAGGGUUGCCCUUUUUCUCCAUAUAACAUAAAAAGAGCUCUUGAGAACACAGCUUUGCAUAUACAAAAUUUAGAUCCUUUUGCACAAGGCUCAGGAUUACUACAAGUUGAACGUGCAUUUGAUAAUCUUGUUACUUAUAGUGAUGUACCUGAAAGAGAUGUAAGAUUUACUAUCAAUUGUGGUCCAAAUAAUGCUAAAGGAAUUCAUAUGAGAAGCGGUAUAAUUGAUCGACCUAAAGAUUAUGCUGUUACUGUUGAACCUGUGUUCCUCAAUAGCGAAAAUACCGAUCCGGCUGUCAAAAUUGCUUUCAAUUUGAAACUGACUUUGGUAUGUGAUGCAUCUUGGGUGCAUUUUCCAACGCAUCUUGAUUUAAUGAAUAUGGUACGCGCGUUUGCUAUUAAAGUAGAUGGCUUUAAUUUACCAGAGGGUGUUCAUACGACCAAUGUCAGAGCUUAUGAUGUAACAAACAUCGCGAAAGGACCAGUGUUUCAUAUACCAGUUACUGUAGUACAGCCGCAAACACUGCCAAAAACUGCUGUCCUUCCAGAUUUAUCACAUACAAGUGUUUUAUUUAAACCUAAUACAUUGCAUCGACAUUUUAUUCUCGUUCCCGAAGAUGCAACGUGGGCAGUUGUUAAAUUGAAAAGCACAGAGAAAGAUAAAACCGGAAGAUUCGUAAUUCAUAGUGUUCAAUUGAAGCCCCGUUUGUCUUGUAAAACUCUAGAAGUGAACAAGUUGUUUACUGUAACUUCUCAGUCCGAAAUUAUUCAUCCGUUUGCUGUUCAGGGCGGAUUGAUUUUGGAAGUGGUUGUUGCAAAAUAUUGGGCAAAUAUAGGUGAUAUGUUAGUUGAUUAUUGCAUAGAAUUCCACGGUAUUCACAUGAUAGAUGGAAGUCUUACAAUGCAAGCUGGGGAUGGAAUAAAUCGUUUAGAAGUACGAAGUUCUCUUAGAAAUGAAGAAGUAGUUCCCUGUAUAUGUCUUAAAUCAUCUGUGCAAAUUUUAAAACCCACUGAUGCAAAGAUCGCUCCAUUACGGGAACGAGACAUUAUUCCACAUUCGCGACAAAUUUAUGAACUACAAUUAACGUACACGUUCCAUUGUGCAAAAUCAACUGAAGUAACUCCAAAUGCAGCAUUACUUAGUGAUUUAUUAUACGAAAAUGAAUAUGAAAGUCAAAUGUGGAUGAUUUAUGACAGUAACAAACAGCUUAUUUGCUGUGGUGAUGCAUAUCCAUGCAAGUACGCCAAUCAAAAAUUAGAGAAAGGCGAUUACACUUUGAAAAUACAUAUACGGCAUGAAAAGAAGGAUUUACUUGACAAAUUAACGGAAAUGCCAUUUCUGUUAAGUCACAAGUUAAGUAAUCCAAUUAGUCUAGAUGUUUAUGCCAGUCAAUCGCAAGCCAUGAUUGGCGGCAAGAAAAUGAUAGCAGCUUCAGUUCCACCUGGUCAUAUCCUUCCACUAUAUAUUGCUCCUAUGUCCAAUGAAAACAACGCCGAAAACAAAGCUUGCAGAAAUACCACCUUGGGAAAUGGUAGUUAUCUACAGGGUACAUUGACCUUCUGCAAGGACGAAAAUGGAAAAAAAGUGGAUUGUCACACAUUUAAAUAUAUAUUAUCUGAACCAAAUAAAAAGUUCAGUAGUAGUAAUAGCAACAACAGUAGUAGUGGUUCAACCAAAACUACAAAGUGGGAUGAAUACAAUGAAGCCCUUAGAGAUUUCAAGUGCAACUGGCUUUCAAAAAUGGCGCCUUCUACUCAACCUGGAGAAUACGCAAAUUUAUUGUAUGGAGAAUUGAAGACUCUCUUCUCGGACCAUUUGCCUGUUCACACUGCCAUGCUCAUGUCUUUGGAUUCUCCGGAAGCUCGACGUCAUGUGCCACACGAUGAUAUCUCAGAAGAAUCUGUUUCUCUGGCAAACCAAAUCAUAAGCGUUGCUGACUUCAUGCUUACUAAUAUAGAUCAGGACAAACUUUUAGCUUAUUAUGGACUGAAGAGUGAUCAACGCGACGAUGCAGCGAAAAUUCGAACGAAUAUGGAAAGACAGAAGUUCAGCUUGAUAAAAGCAUUAGUAAAGAAAGGAUGUGCACUGGCACGAUUGUACAUACACAAUGCUAAGAAGGAGAGUGGAGGAGAGCUCGAUGCUUAUGCACAUUUAUUAGAAAGCGUAACACAUCAUUGGCAAGAAGUACAGAAGUUUGCUGAAUCAACUGAUCUUAAGGUCAUUGCCCUGUCGUUAUGGCAUGCUCAUAUUAAUAACCAUUACGGUCGGUACUUGAAAUUAUUAUUGCGUUAUUAUGAAGAACAUCCAGUAAAGGAAGUUGACGAAAAGUGCAUAGAAAUUGCAAGGAUUUUAGGAUGGGAACAUUUGUCACGUCACAUUACCACUAGUAUACCGGCACGCUAUCCACCUUCAUAUAGAUCGUUUUGAUCACUGGUGCGGUAAAAGAUGUUUGAUAUUCUAAUAAAAAAAGACUAAUGAUGGAAGGCAGUUUCCAGUGCAGCUCUAUAAAGGCAGAAAUACUUCUGUCGAGCCAUUCAGAUGUAUUAUACAUUUAGGAAAAUAUAAUUUUAUUAACAUUAAAAAAAAAAGGAGAAAAAAGUAAUCCGGAAUAUUAGAACUAUAUUUUAAUUUUUCAGCAUAAGAAAAUAAAUUAUGUUUAAACAUAAAUAUAUAAUUUGCUUUAUAAAUAUUGUAAAGUGAUCAAUCGAUAUUGAUUACAUCACUAAAAAAUCAUUGUGAGCAAUAAUAUACAAAAUGGUUUUAACAAGUCAAAAGCACGUUGCAGAUUUGUAUGUAUCAAGGAGAAAUUUGUGUGUGACAAUACGUGUAUAUGUAUUUGCACAUAAAAGAUAAUUAUUUCAUCGAA